UGCUCCAGCCACCCUCCGUCCCAGCUCUUAGAACGGGGCCGGCAAUCUCCCAGUCGCUUCUUCCCUCACUGCAGCGUUUAGCCUGAGAGGGGCGCUGAAGAGCCCCCGCCAGCCGCCCGCAACCAACGACUGAGGAAGAAACCAGCCAGGCAGUCGUCAUGGCGUCGUCCCGGCUACCGCCGACAGCAAUGACGCUGAAGCAGUUCUUGAGAAGGCAGCAGGUUCUUCAUUUAUACAGAAAACUUCUGCAGGCUAUUCGUCAGGUACCCAAUGAAGCUGAUCGUCAUUACUUGAGAGACUGGGCAAGGGCAGAAUUCAAAAGGAAUAAAGGUGCUACAGAAGAGGCUACAAUCAGGAUGAUGAUCACUCAGGGAAACAUACAGCUUCAAGAACUUGAAAGAACUCUAAAAUUGGCAAAAUCCUAGCCUUAAUUCUGCUCAGUCACUAAUUGUGGAAUAUAUUUUUUAAUGUAGCUUCCUCAGAAGACAUCAGAUUUAGAAAAGUAAUGCUUUCACAGACUGUCAUAGGCAGGAAAGCUGAGCAAGGUUGAACUGUGAUGGGCAGAAAUCUAUUUAAAAAGGUGAUGUCUAAAUCUGAUUUAGACGCAUCAAAAUGCAAGUGGACUACUGCCUCAAAAAUAUGGAUUUAUUCUAUGGAUUACAUUGCUCAGAAUGUAAUCAAGCAUUGGAUUAACUGAAUUCUACCCAACAUUCUGGAAUAUCUUUCUCUGCCAGAUUGAAGAAGUUGAUCUAUCAUUAGGUGUAUUUGUCAUGCAAAUUGACAUCAUUCAAAUGGUGAGACUGAUUUUUUUUCAUGUGUUGGUUAUGUAUGAAGGACAACAAGCCUAAACUAUACCACAUUGAAAGCUGAAGACCUACAGUGCUUUAUGGAAACUUAUUAUUGCUGAUGUUUUCCAACUUUAGAAGAACAUCUACAAUGGGAUUAAAACUCUAGGAACUGUUUAUAUAAACCAGUAUGUUUAAUUUCAAUUUAUAUAUUCUACAUGGUACAAGUAAUCCAAUAGGAACUGUACAGGUGUUUUCCAUAAAAAACUAUUACAUCUGA